CAUGUACGCGCAGAUGCAUUUACCAAGUCGCUGCUGUGUGAAUGCACUGUAAUCAGAGACACUGGGUAUAAAGCGCUGCCCCUUUCUGUGUGCUACUCCAGGAAUGGCCAGUGCAAGGAGAAGACCGCGGUGUACAGAGAGACCGAGACCCCAGGACACAUGAAGUACCACUGCAGCCGGUGGAAUGCGGAUGUCGACGUCUAUGUCGUUCGGACGAACUACGACGAGUACGCCAUGGUACUGAUGCUGAAACAAAAGGAAGGGGAAGUCACCAAGACCGCCAAACUGUACGGCCGUUCCCAGGAACUGCGCCCCAGCCUGCAUGAGGAUUUCAAACAGUUCGCUCUGGAGCAGGGGAUCGGAGAGGAGUCCAUCCAAAUGCUACCAAAAACAGAGGAGUGCCAGCCCAGAGAGAGAGACGAGCCUGCGAUGCUGAAGGUCCGCAGGGAUGUUGGCCUAGCCCAGGCCCCUGAGGGAUCCGGCGAUGACACCCCAUUUUUCCACAAAGAAGACUCCUGCAAGCUGCCCCGGGACCAGGGGCCCUGCUUCGGGUACGAGCCACGGUUCUUCUACAACGCCACCCUCAUGACCUGCCAGGAGUUCUCCUACGGGGGUUGCCUGGGCAACGACAAUAACUUUGUGACAGAGAAGGAGUGUCUGCAGAGCUGCAGGACGGAGGCUGUGUGCCGGCU